AUGAAUAACAAUUGUGAAUUAGAAUGUACCCGAGAAGAAGCGGAUUUUAUUGGAUCGCAUUUAUUAGAUUUUGUAACAAGUGAACAUCGAUCAAUUUGGUUUACAUAUCAAACAAAAUUAACUGAUCAAUCAUCAGAAAAUAAUAAAUUCAUUUAUUCAAAAAAUCCGAUACAAAAAUCAUGGAAAGUACUUUAUAAUUUAGGUUCAAUGAUUUCCUAUGAUAAAUUUUUUGGUCAUAUUCUUAAUAAUCGACAUCCAGCUCGCAUCAAAAUAAAUAAAGAUACACGUGGAAGAGUGAGAAGCAUUAUUUUGGAAAUACGAUAUACUCAAUAUCGAAUAAUAUUUGAUUUAAACAUACUUCAUACCAAUAUUCUUGUUAAAUAUGGACAAGAAAAAAAUAAUGAGCCGAUCCAAAUUAUAUUGAUGCUCAAAGGAUUACCACAGAUCGAACAGCAGCAUCCUAAUGGUUCUUAUGGCAUGAAAAUGCUCGAAUCACUUGGUUAUUUAUUUAAAGAUAAAUAUCUUAUUGAUCAUAAUAUACAAUCAAGAUUUAUUUUAUGUCAUGAGAAAUCAUCGGAUAAAUUUUAUGAAUUAUGCCAUGUUUUAUGGAAAAACUUACAACGAGAUCAUUGUUAUUUGCUUAGAAACAUAUUUGAUGAUCAAAAUAUAUUUAAUUGUACGUUAUCCAAAAAUAAAUAUCAAGUUCCACAUGCUAUUGUUACUCCAUUACGGAUUUUAUUUCAACCAAUUCAUUUAACCACUGGUCAUCGAGCAAUGCGACAAUAUGAUAAGAAAAAAGGAUAUGAAUGGAUGCUUGUUUAUAUUAGAGAUGAAGAUAGUUUUAGUAAAAUGAUUAAUAUGAAAGAAAGUGGUGAACUUAGAAAUCGAUAUGGGAAAGUUCUAUUAAAUGGUCUGUGUUUGGAAUCAUUUGUCUACAAAGAAUUGAUGUAUUAUUACUUUGGCUCAUCAGGAAGUCAAAUGAAAGAACAAGAAUUUUGGUUUUUGGCAUCUACUAAAGUCAACUCAGCUGAUGGUGCAUCUACAGUUAACGAAGCCCGAAUAGCAUUAGGGGAUUUAAAGAAAAUUCAAAAUAUUGCGACAUAUAUUGCACGAGUCGGUCUUUAUCUAACAACAUCAAAACCAACAGAUAUUAAAUUAACAUUUGUUGGCAAAAACUAUUGGGGGUAUCCAAAAGUUUCUUUACCAUCUCCGUUUACCAUUGCCUUUCAAAGAUGGAUUAAACCUUCUGCUGAUCAUACGACAUAUAAAGCAUAUCUUAUCGAUGAUAUUGAACGGCAUGGAUACUGUUUUACUGAUGGUAAUGGUCUAAUAUCAUUAGGUCUUGCUAAAAAAGUAGCCAUAUCAAUUGGAAUUCGUAUUAACAAAAAUAAGGACAUACCAUCAGCCUAUCAAGUACGUGUUGCUGGAUGUAAAGGAAUGUUAUCUAUUGACCCUCAAUCGACAAUGAAUGAUAAUUAUAUAAAAGUUCGAAAAAGUAUGAUGAAAUUUGCCAGUGAUGAUUGGACACUUGACAUUGUUGAUCAUUCUCGAUUAAGUAAUCUAAAUAAUCAAAUUAUUCGUCUAUUAUAUGACCUUAAUAAAGAGAAUAAAGCUGUUAUUGAAUCAUUACAAAAUCGAUGUUGUUUACAAAACGAAUGGCAUCCAUCUGAAGAAGCGUAUCUCAAUAUAUUUGAUUCAAAAGAUAUAGAUCGUAUAAAAGAUGACAGUAGACGAUGUGGUUAUUUAAAUGCAAAAGAUUUAUUACGUUGUAACAAAAUUCCAUUGCCUGUUGAUGAAGGUCGAUGUUUAUUUGGUAUUGCAGACGAAACGAAAUCAUUAAAAGAAGGUCAAUGUUUUAUUCAAUAUCAGACAAUGGACAAAAAUUUCUAUAAAGUUGUGAAAGGUGAAGUUUUAGUGACGAAAAAUCCAUGUCUCUAUCCAGGCGAUAUUCUUUGUCUAGAAGCUGUUGACAUUCCUGCACUUCGACCAUUUAUUCGUGAUUGUAUUGUAUUUCCUGUUCUUGGACGUCGACCACACUCAAAUGAAAUAGCUGGAUCUGAUCUUGAUGGUGAUCAAUAUUGGGUUUAUUGGGGAAAAGAACUCCAAGUUAAUAAAAUAAUACCACCAUUAGCUUAUAGAUCAAUUUCGAAAACAAAAGUUUCAAUAGUUACACCUGAAUUAGUUGUUACUCAUAUUCUUGAUAAACUAGAUGAUACAACAUAUGGCAAUAUUAGUAAUACACAUUCAGUUAUAGCUGACAAACAUCCAGAUGGCACCAUGUCAGCUGAGUGUAAAUUUCUUGCAGAACUUUUUCCUCGUGCUAUUGAUUCGAUUAAAACUGGUGAACAAAUCAAUAUGGAAGAGAUGAAAGAAUUAAGAGAAAAAUGGUGUGAUACAUAUCCAACAUGGAUGAUGAAAGAUGAUAAACCAAAUUACAAAAGCACAACAAUUAAUGAACAUUUGUUUAAUAGAGCUCAAAAUUUGCGAAUUAACGGAUCUGCAUAUAAAUGCAUGCAUAUUAAAUAUGAUAAAAUCAAUAAAGAUACUUUAAUUAAUAUUGAAGAAGAUGAUGAUACAGUUAAUAGAGAUAUUUCAAUUUAUAGUCGAAAUGAUUAUAAUCAAAAUGAACAAUACUGUAUUAAUCGUAAAAAAUUUUAUAUCACAACAAUGAUCGGUUUUUUUAUCGUUAUUUAUAUAUUUUAUCUUAUGAAAAAAUAA